AUGCCGCGCCUUUCAGAUCGCGCUUACUCCCAGCGCGCGUUUGUGGUAUCGGAGGUUGCCAGCCAGGGUUGCCAUACCGAUCCAACAGAUGGGUCGCUCGAGUUCGAGGCCGACCUGCUGAGAAGGGAGUUUUCCGUGCCCACUGAGGAACUCGAGCUUGUUCCUCUGCUUAGUCCCGAGAAACAGUGGGGGGUAGACAUUAUUGGUCAUUUCCCUUUGGGCAAAGGCCAGACCAAGUUCGGUGUGGUUGCUGUGGAUUACUUCACAAAGUGGGCCGAGGCCGCGGCGCUCUCCCACAUAACGGAAUCCAGAGUCACGUCCUUCGUAUGGACAAAUAUCAUAUGUCGCUUUGGUAUACCGAAGGCCAUUGUGACAGACAAUGGGAAGCAGUUUGACAACACAAAGUUCAAAGAUUUUUGCAGCAAGCUUGGCAUAAGUCACCUCAGCUCUUCCCCUGCACAUCCGCAAGCGAAUGGGCAGGUGGAGGCAGUCAAUAAGAUCAUCAAGCGAGGCAUCAAACUUAAACUAGACUCCAGGAAAGGCCGGUGGGUUGAAGAGCUACCAGAGGUUCUAUGGUCAUACCGGACUACCCAAAAAGAGUCGACGGGUGAGACCCCGUUCUCCUUGCCCUUCGGCUCCGAAGUUGUGGUCCCAGUCGAGAUCGGCAUGCCAUCUGACAGAGUAGACCAUUACGAGGCCACAGCAAAUGGGGAAUAG